AUGCUUAGUGCAUAUGUAUGUCGACAAUGCCGCAUACGCCUUUCACGACGCAUUGGCGUUGUCCCGCGCCCACAAUGGCAAUCUCGAGCCAUAGUUUCGCUGAAAACACCAACGCAACAAGGUGGUGUUGAACAUGCACAAGAGGAGGCGCAGACACAAGUUCGGGACCAGGAAGAGGGGGCAAUGCCAAACUUACGGACGCACGGUCUUGUACGAGGCAGCCGGUAUUCGGGUAUGCUUCAGGAUACAAACAUCACUCCCGCCUAUACUGGCGAAGAGGGCCAAGCAGCGGAUCAAGAAGGGGCAAAACCUCGCUCAUUACGACGAAUAUUGGGUUAUGCUGAACGCAUUAAUGUGUCCCUGUUUAACAACGUAGAUGUCGCCUGGAAGAUGUUCAACGAGACCUAUACUGCAAGGGAUUGCAAGGCCUUGACCGACCCCCCUCAGGGCGAUGUGUACUUAUUGGAGCACGGCCGAGUUUUUCAACAUGUCCUUCGCGCAGUCACCAAGAAUUUUGCUGCAGGUAAAACAAUAACAGUUACGCCGACCGCUGUGCUCUUCAGAUAUGCACAGCUUGGCCUUCUUCGCCCUGAGUACUGGACUGAGCCAACCGUGGAAUAUCUAACAUACGAAGUUAUUCGGGCCAUGUAUCCAAAUCCGCCGACGCCUCAAAGAGACUUGCCUUCGUUACUCAAUGAACUGCUUUCCGUUUGGAAACUCUUCUUCCAAUGUAAUGGGCCGAAGGAAGAUCCUUUGAAUUCCAUUGCUUCCGAUUGGCAGCUGACACCUAUUGAAACACUCCCGGCACGAUUUGACACUCCAUUGUUUGGCGGGCGCCUGCAGACUUGUGCGCCAAAGUACGCCAUCGGCGCGAGAUUAGCUUUUUGUGCUGCAUAUUUGUAUGAUGUGGCGGAAGGUGUGGAUGAAAAGACACGCCAGCAAGCCUUGCCUUUUCUGCGUCUUCUCGAAAGAUUACUUGCUGGCUCAAGGUUAGACGGAAAUUUCGUUCGUUCUGCGCGAUUCGAAGAAAUGCCAGAAGAUAUCCAAACCCAGAUCAAGCAAGCGGUCUUCACGGUGCCAAGGAAAGCAAUGAUCGCCAUUGGAAAAUCGGGCGAAGCUAUAGGUCCACAGGCUACGGAUGAUAAGAACGCUAACUUGAUCGAUUUCUAUCUUAGGAGAAUAGCGCGCGCAGUUGAGACUAAAAGCUCACCUGUACUACUGGAUGGUUUGUGGAAACAGGUUGAAGAGGCAUAUACCAAGGACGGCAAAACUGCGAUAGACCCUUUGAUAUACAACAGCUUCCUCUCUGGGUAUCUGGUACUUUUCAACCCUCAUCGCUCGAUCGAGGUCUGGAAUCACAUGGUUGCAAAUGGCGCUGGACCAGACAUAAGAUCGUGGGUUGCUCUUCUCGAAGGCUGCGCACAGGCAAGGGACCUGGAGGGUCUCAAUGCAACCUGGACACGCAUGCUCAACAAAGGAUUCGAGCCAGAUAACUAUGCCUGGACGACGCGCAUCAACGGCUUGGUGAGAAAUCGACAAGUCUCCCAAGCCCUUGCUACGCUCGAUGAAAUGGGCAGACGGUGGCUCGCAGCCGAAAACCUCGCCAAUCCAUCCAAAACAAAAAAAGACACCAUGAAGCCGAGCAAGGCAGUCAACACAUGCACAAAGCCUUCUGUCGAGGUUGUUAAUGGUGCCAUCUCUGCCCUAGUACAGCUGCCUGCACGUGCGAUGACCUAUCAAAAACGUCUGGAAUUCGUUCAAAAGAUUCUAAGCUGGUCCACAAAUUUCCAGAUUGUACCGGAUGCCAUUACCUACAACUCGCUGAUUCAGCUGUACCUGGGUGUGGGAGACAAGCGCACCGCUUUCAUGCUCAUCGCGCAGAUGGAAAAACAGGGCCUACAGGGAGACGCCGCCACACACAAUAUGCUCAUCACGGCUGCUUUUGACAGCAACGUCUUUGAUGGGCUAUCGGAGCAAGAGCAGACAAGCAAGAUUUUGAAGAUUUUUGACAACCUGGAAGAGUCCCGCGGCGUUCGUGCCAUCAUAGAACACAUGACAGCUCGCAGUUUUACCCCCUCGGCGCAUGCAUAUACGUCCAUCAUCACUUAUUACUUCACGUCGAAACCAGCCAAGCUAGCAGAAGUCGACGCUCUGGUGCAUCACCUUUUCACGGAUCCCUACGCAGCCAAGGAUCGCGUCUUAUUUGAUCGGCUAAUCGAAGGCUACGCGGCAUUCAAUGAAGUGGGCAAGAUGAUGAGCGUUCUUGCGCGCAUGUCUAAGGACGGUAGACUACCUGGCUGGGAAGCUCUCACUGCUGUUGUGCGCGCUCUAAUGCAAGACGGCGAUCACGAGCGCGCGCAGGCGAUUGUCCGCGACGUUGAGCGCGGCGAGGGUGUUGCCAAGGGCGGUAUUUUGGGUGACGAACGAGGCCGGAGAGGUUUCAUGGCCAUGGUGAGGGAGUAUGGACUUGGGGAUGAAGACCAGCGCAUGGGCGAAUUCAUGAAGAGCCCGGGGCAUGAACAGGGGAUAGGUUACGAGCAAGGUGGAAAUAUGAAUGAGCAGCAGCCACCUGUUGCUGACACUACGACUACAGAGUGGAGGGGCGAUGCUGGGACUCCAGAUCAACAAGAGGGACUGGGCGAAAGAAGCGGAGAUGCAAGACCGUACUAA